GUUAAAACGCUAAACGCUGAAUAUCAUUUUAAGCAGCAGACAGGAAGGGGCGGAGCGCCAGCCGCAGCCCCCGCCUCACCGCCGUUAGGGAAGCAGCCGCGGCUACGUCAGGCGCGAGUGUGAGCCCAGCGGCCGCUUAGCCCCCGGCCCCUCCCGGUCACCGCCGUCAGUCGGGGGGUCCGCGGGGUCUACGGUCACCCUGCGCUCCAGGCACCGCACCUGGCGAGCGGCGACACCGCGUCCAUGGCCACCGCGGCGGCUCCGUCAUCCUUGGCUCUCAAGGCCUCGAGCCUGGCCGCGGCCCCCGGCUCGUACGGAGUCUUCUGCAAGGGGCUCUCCCGCACCCUCCUCGCCUUCUUCGAGCUGGCCUGGCAGCUGCGCAUGAACUUCCCGUACUUCUACAUCGCGGGCUCCGUGGUCCUCAACAUCCGCUUGCAGGUACACUUUUAGAGCCCUGAGGAAGCCGCCAGCAUCCCGGGCCUGCAU